AUGGUGGUGGAGCUGUCCAAGGAACAUCUAGUACUAGUAGAGCUGCUAGCUGAAUCUAACAAGUGGGUAGCUGUCAUUGAUGCUCCAGAGAAUUGCAACUACACCUUGAUUCAGAGCAGAGAAAGGAACCUCUUCAAAACCCCCUACACUGCGUGUGAUGUCAAGAUUCUGAAUGAGAACUACUACUUGGCCUUGCGCUAUACAACAGUUGAUGGAGAAGUAGGGUAUGUGCAGAUGAAAUGUCCAACUAGUGCAGGAGAACCAACAAAAGCACCUGCAACUACAACCACAAAAUCAACAAGGACCCCUCCCACACCAGAUGUGGUGUGCAACUCCUCUGGCAUGAUGGUGGUGCUGCCCAUGGAACCUCUGGACCUAGUGGAGCUUCUAGAUUAUUCCAACAAAUGGAUAGUUGUCGUCAAGGCUCCAGUGUACUGCAACUACACCUUGCUGCAGGGAAGUGGAAGGACCCUUUUCAUAACCCCCUACGAAGCCUGUGAUGUCCGGAUAGUGAAUGAGCACUACAUCCUGACCCUCCGCUACACAACUUCUGGACAACAAGCUUAUGUUCAGAUGCAAUGCCCAACCGGUGCUGUAGUGCCCACAAAACCCCCUCCCUCUACAACCACUCCUAGAAAACCAACAAUACCCACUGCCUGCAGAGCCUCAGUCAUGACAAUAGAGCUGCCUGAAGGACCAAUUGAACAAGUAGCUGUGAUGGAUAAAUCCAACACUCUGGUAACUGUCCAAGAUGAUAGCAGAAAGUGUGGCUACAGCUUGGUGCAUGGGAGAGGAAAGAACAUCUUCACAGCCCCUUACACAGCCUGUGAUGUCAAGAUGCUGAAUGGGAAUUAUGUCCUGACCCUAGUAUAUGUAACCCUUAGUGGGAAAAGGAACAACUUCUAUAUCCUGAGAGUCCUCUACACAACUUUUACUGGGGAGCGAGGAGAUAUACAGGCCAAAUGUCCUGUUCCUGGUCUAGUACCACAUGUGGCGUGCACUGCAGAUGGGCAUUUUGUAUUCUCCGUAUACCGCACCUCAACCAAGCCAGAAAUUGAUCCGAGCAGUUUAGUAAUUGCAGGAAACCAUUCAUGUGUCCCUGUAAUCUGCACUCCAGACUUUGCGGUCUUCAAAUUUCCUGUGACUGGCUGUGGGACACGUGUCUUUACUGUGGCGGAGACUACAAUCUAUCUUGCUGAAGUUCGUGGUUUGGUUCGGGGGAUCCAGCAGAUGUAUGGACAAAUUACCAGAGAUGGCCCUUAUCGUUUCCAUGUGGAAUGUCGCUAUUCUAAAGGAAACUUGGCCAGCAUGGGUUACUUGGUGGUGAACCCAUCGCCUCCAUCAGCAGCCUUGGCUUUUGGCUGGCUUGGGGUUAGGUUAAGGAUUGCCACAGAUGCCAGCUACACCAGCUUCUACCCACAGUCCCAUCUGCCCCUGAGAUUCUUGCUUGGAAGCAAGGCGUAUCUGGAAGUGCAGCUUGUGAACCCUCCUAACCCCAGUGUAGUUCUGCUGGUCCACUACUGCAUCGCCUAUCCCCGGUCCUCUCGAGCUGCCUGGGUGAUCAUCUAUGAAGGUUGUCCAAACAUCCUGGAUUACAGCAGUGCUGCUGGCCUCCAUGUCAAAUACAAUAACAUGCCUGUAUCCAAGCACACUCGACGCUUUGAAAUAGAAAUCUUCCAGUUCCUGGACUACAAGACCAAGCAGCGUUUGGAUGAGGAAAUCUAUUUCAUGUGUUCAACCGAAGUGUGUUCCCCGGAACGUCGUGUUUGCAAUGAAGGAUGCUUUGAUGGAAGAGAGAUGCCUGUUCCCACAUCAAGAUCUGCUGGAGGGCGCUGUGCAGGAAAGCCCUGUCCUGGGAAAUCAAACGUAGACAAGCGAGCUGCUCCUGGUCAUGCUGGCUUCAUUGCUGUCAGCGAAGGAACCUUCACUUUGGAUGAGAUUGUGCCCCAUGAACAAACGGAGAAGCACUGGACGCACUUCCAUGGUCUCCUGUGGCUGCUUGGUUUGCUGGUCCUGGUAUCUGUUAUAAUGCUCUUCCUCAAAUGGAUUGGCUUGCAAAUUGUCAGGUCCUAGAGAAGCAGUCUCUAACUUGAAUAAACCUUUAUCUUGUGUUAA